UUUCUUCGGGGCUUCAAUAGGACUAGUACUUUAUGGUUAAAUGAUUAAUUGAUUAGCCAAAAACAACAACAUGAUAUUUUAUCUAUUGAAUUAAUCGAAAACCAUUCUUAAUAUAACAAAGUUACAUUACAGUUAUACCAUUUUUACACACGUUGAUUUUUAAAGUCUAUUUCGUGACAUCAGAUUUGACAAUUGCCAAUUUGAACUAUAGACCGUCCAUUAGAGCCUGUUUGCAACAUUUUUUACCAAAAUGGCAUCUGACGCACGUUUCCAACUGUUUGUGAAGGCUGGUAAGGAUGGGAAAUGCGUCGGCGACUGUCCGUUUUCACAACGAGCAAACAUGUACGCACAUUUAACACUGAAGAAAAAUGAGUUUGAGAUCACUCCUGUGAACACGAAUAACAAACCAGACUAUUUUUUGAAAAUAAAUCGAGAAGGUAAAGUACCCGUCCUGGUAGAUCGCCAGCAAGGUAAUAAAGUUAUAUCAGAUUCGGCUGAAAUAACCAAAUAUAUAAACGAAUUGUAUCCCAAACCGGCAUUAAAGCAAGGAUACACGGGACCUGGCGACGCAUGCACUGGGGGAAUUUUUCCAAAAUUUGCUGCCAUGAUGAAAAACAAAGACGAAUCAAAGGAUUCAGAACUGAAACAAGCUCUUAUAGACGAGUUAAAGAAACUGAAUGAUUACCUAACAAAUAAGGAGUGUUCUGGAAACUUUCUUCUCUGUGACAAUCUGUGCGAGCUAGACUGUCAAGUUCUGCCUAAAUUACGCCAUGUACAAGUCGCAGGCGACUAUUAUAAGAAGUUUAAAAUCCCUGAAGAUUUCACCGCCCUGCAAGAAUAUAUCAAACAAGGGGAGUCAAGUGAUAUUUUCAAAAGCACGUGUGCGCCUGAUGAGGAAUUCAUUUGGGGAUGGAGCAAGUUCUUCCCUGAAAUAGAUACGUCGUCCUAAGCAUUGUCUUGUGUUCAGCAAAUUUUUCAUAAUUUUUCAUAAUAAUAAAAUCAUAAACAUACAGAUAGAUCUAUAUUGAGAAGAUAAAACGUUUUUUUAUAAUGUCACAUGGAAGGUUAUAGUGGAAGUUUCGGUUUCUGAAAGAAAAAGACACCAAAACAAAAACAGAAACAAAAAAACACUACAGGACAGGACACCUUAGAUACCUCUACAAAACAGUACGAACAAGCGUGGAAGUUUUGGUUUCUGAAAAUAAAAAAUCACCAAAAAAACUACAGGAUUACACCUUAGAUAACCUAUUUUGGAUAGUCUACAAAACAAUACGAACAAGCGUGGAAAGAUAAAAAAGAAGAUAAAAAGAUGAAUUGCAUAAAUGUUAUUUAAUUUGGACUUUCACAUGAUAUUCAUAACAUCGGUUAAUCUUGUUUUAUAAAACAUUAACAGUUUAUAUAUAUUAUUUUAUUUUCAUAUUUUGUCAUUAUGUUUUCACUCUUAUUUAAUGGAUUGUGUAUAUUUCAUUUAUUUCCACUGCAUUCGGCGCCUCAUUAUUCCUAGUUGCACAGAUUUAGCAUGGGCAAAAAUCAGCAUUGUACCGUUCUGUAAUAAUAAAUAUUUUCUACAUUCA